CCAGUCACGUGGUCACGUGACGCGAUCCAACAUGGCGGCGCUGUGGGGCCGCGAUGUCGCUUCCUGACGGGGCGGCACGGACGGACGCAGCGGGUGCCGGCCGGGACGCCGGGCCCGCGGCCUCGUUCACCCCCUCGCUCGUGCCGCCGGCCCGCGGGGCUCCCAGCCCCCGCCGGGCUGGUGCCAUGCAGGAGAGCCAGACCAAGAGCAUGUUCGUGUCCCGGGCCCUGGAGAAGAUCCUCGCCGACAAGGAGGUGAAGCGGCCCCAGCACUCCCAGCUGCGCAGGGCCUGCCAGGUGGCGCUCGAUGAAAUUAAAGCAGAAAUAGAAAAGCAGAGGCUUGGAACUGCCGCACCACCAAAGGCAAAUUUCAUUGAAGCUGACAAGUAUUUCCUUCCAUUCGAGCUAGCUUGCCAGUCCAAGUCCCCACGGGUGGUCAGCACAUCUCUUGACUGCUUACAGAAACUCAUCGCAUAUGGGCACAUCACCGGCAACGCCCCAGACAGUGGAGCUCCAGGGAAGCGGCUGAUUGACAGGAUCGUUGAAACCAUUUGCAAUUGUUUUCAGGGCCCUCAGACCGAUGAAGGAGUCCAGUUACAAAUAAUUAAGGCUCUUCUGACUGCAGUAACGUCCCCGCACAUUGAAAUUCACGAGGGCACUAUCCUACAGACGGUUAGGACAUGUUACAAUAUCUAUUUGGCCAGCAAAAAUCUCAUCAAUCAAACCACUGCCAAGGCUACCCUUACUCAGAUGCUGAAUGUCAUUUUCACCCGCAUGGAAAACCAAGUGUUUCAGGAGAUCAGAGAAUUGGAAAAACCAAUCCAGUCAAAACCCCAGUCCCCUGUGAUCCACGCUGCAGCAGGGUCCCCAAAGUUCAGUCAUUUGAAGCAGAGUGAGGCAGAGAGCACACCAACAACUCCUGAAAAGACAGAUUUAACCAAUGGUGCACAUGACAGGAGUGGUUCUGGAAAAGUGAGCUCAGAGAAUGGAGACGCACCCAGAGAAAGAAGCUCAUCGUUAUCAGGUGUGUGUAUAGGGACUGGCAAUGGAGCCCAGGAGGUGGUGAAGGAGAUCUUAGAAGAUGUGGUCACAUCUGCUGUCAAAGAAGCAGCACAAAAAUACAGUCUGACAGAAUCCGAGAGGGCUGUUGGUGAACUGGAGGGACAGGAAUGUGCUGUCCCAUCAGCAGUGGACGAAAACUCACAGACCAAUGGAAUACCAGAUGACAGGCAGUCCUUGUCGUCAGCGGAUAACCUGGAAUCAGACGCGCAAGGACAUCAAGUGGCUGCUAGGUUCUCUCACAUUCUGCAGAAGGAUGCCUUCCUUGUGUUUCGCUCCCUUUGCAAGCUGUCCAUGAAGCCCCUUGGUGAAGGCCCCCCAGAUCCAAAAUCCCACGAGCUGCGCUCCAAGGUGGUUUCCCUGCAGCUGCUCCUCUCGGUGUUGCAGAACGCCGGCCCAGUCUUCAGGACUCACGAGAUGUUCAUCAAUGCAAUCAAGCAAUAUCUCUGCGUGGCAUUGUCCAAAAACGGCGUCUCUUCAGUGCCUGACGUCUUUGAGCUCUCUCUGGCCAUUUUUCUUACUCUUCUUUCAAAUUUUAAAAUGCACUUGAAAAUGCAGAUAGAGGUCUUUUUCAAAGAGAUUUUCCUGAACAUUUUAGAAACAUCAACAAGUUCUUUUGAGCACAGGUGGAUGGUCAUUCAGACUCUGACAAGGAUCUGUGCAGAUGCCCAGUGUGUUGUAGAUAUUUAUGUCAACUACGACUGUGAUUUAAAUGCUGCUAACAUUUUUGAGCGCCUCGUAAAUGAUUUAUCCAAAAUUGCUCAGGGAAGAAGUGGACAUGAGCUUGGAAUGACACCUCUGCAGGAGCUCAGUUUGAGGAAGAAAGGCCUAGAGUGCCUCGUGUCCAUUCUCAAGUGCAUGGUGGAGUGGAGCAAAGACCUGUAUGUGAAUCCCAACCACCAGACCAGCCUCGGUCAGGAGAAGCCCACAGAUCAGGAAAUGGGGGAUGGGAAAGGUCUCGACAUGACGAGACGGAGCAGCGUGACCUCCAUGGAGUCCACAGUGUCCUCAGGGACCCAGACAACUAUCCAGGAUGAUCCAGAGCAGUUUGAGGUCAUCAAGCAACAAAAAGAAAUCAUUGAACAUGGCAUUGAGCUGUUCAACAAGAAACCCAAGAGAGGGAUCCAGUUUCUUCAGGAGCAGAGCAUGCUGGGAACAUCAGUUGAAGAGAUUGCCCAAUUCCUGCACCAGGAGGAGCGUCUCGAUUCUACCCAAGUGGGUGAUUUCCUGGGAGACAGCACGAGGUUUAACAAGGAGGUGAUGUAUGCCUAUGUGGACCAACUUGACUUCUGUGAAAAGGAGUUUGUCUCAGCCCUGCGGACAUUUCUAGAAGGUUUCCGCCUACCCGGGGAAGCCCAGAAGAUUGAUCGGUUAAUGGAGAAGUUUGCUGCAAGAUACAUAGAGUGCAAUCAGGGGCAAACACUUUUUGCUAGUGCUGACACUGCGUACGUCCUAGCAUAUUCGAUUAUUAUGCUAACUACAGACUUGCACAGCCCUCAGGUAAAAAAUAAAAUGACAAAAGAACAGUAUAUUAAAAUGAAUCGGGGCAUCAAUGAUAGUAAAGAUCUACCAGAAGAAUACCUCUCAAGCAUCUAUGAAGAGAUAGAAGGCAAGAAAAUUGCAAUGAAAGAAACAAAGGAGCACACAAUCGCAACCAAAUCUACUAAGCAGAAUGUAGCUAGUGAAAAGCAGCGACGGCUGCUGUACAAUUUGGAGAUGGAACAAAUGGCUAAAACAGCCAAAGCUCUAAUGGAGGCUGUGAGCCAUGCCAAAGCCCCAUUUACGAGUGCCACACACUUGGACCACGUCCGGCCAAUGUUCAAACUGGUGUGGACGCCGCUGUUGGCAGCCUACAGCAUUGGACUGCAGAACUGUGAUGACACUGAAGUGGCCUCCUUGUGCUUGGAGGGUAUCCGCUGUGCAAUCCGGAUCGCCUGCAUCUUUGGAAUGCAGCUGGAACGAGAUGCCUACGUUCAGGCUCUUGCUCGCUUCUCCCUGCUGACAGCCAGCUCCAGCAUCACAGAAAUGAAGCAGAAAAACAUUGACACCAUAAAGACGCUUAUCACAGUGGCUCACACUGAUGGCAACUACCUUGGGAAUUCCUGGCACGAGAUCUUGAAGUGUAUCAGCCAACUAGAGCUUGCUCAGCUGAUAGGAACCGGUGUGAAGACCCGCUACCUGUCUGGGGCUGGGCGUGAAAGAGAGGGGAGCCUGAAGGGCCACACGUUGGUGGGAGAAGAGUUCAUGGGCCUUGGUCUUGGUAAUUUGGUGAGUGGUGGAGUGGAUAAAAGACAGAUGGCCAGUUUCCAGGAAUCGGUUGGGGAGACCAGCUCCCAGAGUGUGGUCGUGGCUGUAGACAGAAUUUUUACCGGAUCUACUCGACUGGAUGGAAAUGCAAUAGUUGAUUUUGUCCGCUGGCUGUGUGCUGUGUCCAUGGACGAGCUGGCUUCCCCCCAUCAUCCCCGCAUGUUCAGCUUACAGAAGAUUGUGGAGAUAUCAUACUACAACAUGAAUCGGAUCCGACUGCAGUGGUCCCGAAUAUGGCAAGUGAUCGGAGAUCACUUCAAUAAGGUUGGCUGUAACCCUAAUGAAGAUGUCGCUAUCUUUGCUGUUGACUCAUUAAGGCAACUUUCCAUGAAGUUUCUUGAGAAGGGAGAAUUAGCCAACUUCCGUUUCCAGAAAGAUUUUUUGAGACCCUUUGAGCAUAUCAUGAAGAAAAACAGGUCACCGACCAUCCGGGACAUGGUGAUCCGCUGCAUCGCCCAGAUGGUGAACUCACAGGCGGCCAACAUCCGCUCGGGCUGGAAGAACAUCUUUGCCGUGUUCCACCAGGCAGCCUCAGACCACGACGGGAACAUCGUGGAGCUGGCCUUCCAGAGCACAGGCCACAUUGUCACAACUAUUUUCCAGCACCAUUUCCCUGCUGCCAUCGACUCCUUUCAAGAUGCUGUGAAGUGCUUAUCGGAGUUUGCCUGCAACGCUGCUUUCCCUGACACCAGCAUGGAAGCCAUCCGGCUCAUCCGUUUCUGUGCCAAAUACGUCUCCGAUAGGCCUCGGGUGCUACAAGAAUACACAAGCGAUGACAUGAAUGUGGCUCCUGGUGACAGAGUCUGGGUCCGAGGCUGGUUCCCCAUUCUGUUUGAGCUCUCCUGCAUCAUCAAUAGGUGCAAGCUGGAUGUGCGGACAAGAGGACUCACGGUCAUGUUCGAGAUCAUGAAGAGCUAUGGCCACACCUUUGAAAAGCACUGGUGGCAGGACCUGUUCAGAAUUGUGUUCAGGAUUUUUGAUAAUAUGAAACUCCCGGAGCAGCAGUCAGAGAAAUCUGAGUGGAUGACAACAACUUGUAAUCACGCACUUUAUGCCAUUUGUGACGUAUUUACCCAGUUUUAUGAAGCUUUGAAUGAAGUUCUACUUCCUGAUAUAUUUGCACAGUUGCAGUGGUGUGUAAAACAAGAUAAUGAGCAAUUGGCUCGAUCAGGUACAAAUUGUUUAGAAAACUUAGUAAUAUCCAAUGGAGAGAAAUUCAGUCCUGAUGUCUGGGAUAAAACGUGCAGCUGUAUGAUGGAUAUUUUCAAAACAACCAUCCCACACGUUUUGCUGACGUGGAGGCCUGUAGGAAUGGAGGAAGACUCAUCAGAAAAACAUUUGGAUGUGGAUCUGGACCGCCAGUCGCUAAGCAGCAUAGAUAAAAAUGCCUCUGAGAGAGGCCAGAGCCAGCUCUCUAACCCCACCGAUGAGAGCUGGAAAGGGAGACCAUACGCAAAUCAGAAACUGUUUGCCAGCCUCCUCAUCAAGUGUGUGGUCCAGUUGGAACUGAUACAGGCCAUUGACAACAUUGUGUUCUACCCGGCAACGAGCAAAAAAGAAGAUGCAGAGCACAUGGUUGCUGCCCAGCAAGACACGCUGGAUGCGGACAUCCACAUAGAGACGGAGGAUCAGGGCAUGUAUAAGUGCAUGUCUUCCCAGCACCUCUUCAAGCUGCUGGACUGCUUGCAGGAGUCCCAUUCAUUCUCAAAAGCCUUCAACUCCAAUUACGAGCAGCGAACUGUCCUAUGGCGAGCAGGUUUUAAAGGCAAGUCUAAACCCAACCUUCUAAAACAAGAAACCAGCAGCCUGGCCUGUUGUCUGAGGAUCCUGUUUCGAAUGUAUGUCGAUGAGAAUCGCAGGGAUUCCUGGGAAGAAAUACAGCAGCGACUCUUAAAUGUGUGCAGUGAGGCUCUCGCCUACUUCAUCACCGUGAACUCUGAAAGCCAUCGGGAGGCCUGGACCAGUCUCCUGCUGUUACUCCUAACAAAAACCCUCAAAAUAAACGAUGAAAAGUUUAAAGCACAUGCUUCCAAGUACUACCCCUACCUGUGUGAGAUCAUGCAGUUUGACCUGAUCCCUGAGCUCCGGGCGGUUCUGCGGAAGUUCUUCCUGCGGAUAGGUGUGGUGUAUAAGAUAUGGAUUCCCGAAGAGCCAGCACAGGCAGCAGGCACCCUGCCACCAGAGUGGUAGCCCUGGCCCUGCUGCCCUGCAGAAAACUCGCCACAUCGCCUCUGCUGGCCCCUCUCCUGAAGGGGCAGAUCCUAGAAACAGGAGUCGGCAUCUUGGAGCUCAGGGUGGUCUGGAUAACGCUGGCCUCUGCGCUGGUCCCUCCGCGGCCCUGAAUAGGGCGUGUGGUUGUAUUAAACUGCUGCAGACCAGUUAGCACAGCGGGCGGGGAGUCUCCCAUCUCUGUCCUUCCAUUCCACUGACUGAACUGCCAGUCAGACCUGUCGCUGCACAUGCUGUCCUCUCUGGGGACGUCCCAGGAUGGACUGCAGCCAUCUGUCAGAGGAAGUCGCUCUCCUUUAAAUACUGGACAUAGCUGUAUCGGUUCGUGACUGUUAGUCUGUUAAUAAAAUUUCUUGUAACGGCCGAGUGCCACC